AUGGUCAGGGAUUGUCGGGAAGCAAAGUGUUUCGAAUGCGGAAAAUUUGGACAUAUAUCCCCUUAUUGUCCGGGUAAACAAGAGAAAUUACGAUGUGCCAGUUGUGGAAGAUUUGGUCAUAAUAAAGAAGAAUGUAAUACGGGGAAUUAUAACACCAGAUGGGGAUUUCCACAACGAGGAACGGGACAAAGUACUUCAACUGCGCGAUCUAUUGAAAGAGCCAGAGUGGAGGGGCUGAGGGUACCUAGGAUGCAAGGAGUUGGAGAGCAAACCGCUGAAUGUUUUAGAUGUCGGGAACAGGGACAUGUAGCGAGAGAUUGCAGUAAUUGCUGA